AAUAACAUCUUCUUCUGCUUACUUUUCUAAUCCUCGCAACGAUCCUAUCUUCGGAUUCCCAUCCGCCUCUCUCUCUUUUUUCUCACUCCAUUUUGAAAAAAGAAAAUUAAAAAAAGCAUAAUGGGCAGCAUUGAAACAGAGAGAGCUACUGUUGGAUGGGCUGCAAGAGACCCAUCUGGGAUUCUUUCUCCUUAUACCUAUACUCUUAGAAACACAGGCCCAGAAGAUGUUUUGAUAAAGGUUCUCUGUUGUGGAGUCUGUCACACUGAUAUUCAUCAGAUCAAAAAUGAUCUUGGCAUGUCACGCUACCCUAUGGUCCCUGGGCAUGAAGUGGUUGGUGAGGUGGUGGACGUAGGAUCAGAAGUGACGAAAUUUACAGUAGGAGAUGUAGUUGGAGUUGGAGUAAUUGUUGGAUGCUGCAGGAAUUGCCAUCCAUGUAAAUCAGAUAUUGAGCAGUAUUGCAACAAGAAAAUCUGGUCUUACAAUGAUGUUUACACAGAUGGAAAACCUACUCAAGGCGGCUUUGCCCAAUCCAUGAUUGUAGAUCAAAAAUUUAUUGUGAAAGUACCAGAAGGGAUGUCAUCAGAACAAGCGGCACCAUUAUUGUGUGCUGGGGUCACAGUUUAUAGCCCACUUAGCCACUUUGGGUUGAAGCAGAGUGGGUUAAGGGGAGGGAUAUUAGGACUUGGAGGAGUAGGGCAUAUGGGGGUGAAAAUAGCAAAGGCAAUGGGACAUCAUGUUACUGUGAUAAGUUCUUCAGAUAAGAAGAGAGUGGAGGCAUUGGAGCAUCUUGGUGCUGAUGAGUAUUUAGUUAGUUCAGACACAACUAAGAUGCAAGAAGCUGCUGAUUCUCUUGAUUAUAUAAUUGACACUGUGCCUGUUGGUCAUCCUCUUGAGCCUUAUCUUUCUUUGUUGAAACUUGAUGGGAAGCUGAUUUUGAUGGGUGUUAUUAAUACCCCAUUACAGUUUGUCAGUCCUAUGGUUAUGCUUGGGAGAAAGAUGAUUACAGGAAGUUUCAUAGGAAGCAUGAAAGAAACAGAGGAGAUGCUUGAUUUCUGCAGGGAAAAGGGAGUAACAUCAAUGAUUGAAGUUGUCAAAAUGGAUUACAUCAACAAAGCUUUGGAAAGGCUCGAGAACAACGACGUCAGAUAUAGGUUUGUGGUGGACGUUGCAGGCAGCAAGCUUGAGGAAUGAAGCAAAUAAAUAAACCAAAAUCUUAAAGCUCAAAACUAUAAUGUGCUCUGUUUUGUGGUCUCUGUUUUGUUCGUAAUAAAACAAGGUGAAGUGAUGUUUUGGUUUCCAGUUGAAUGCAUUGUGGCUGUGGUGAUCUGUGUGGUAUUCUUGUCUCCUGACAAUGAAAGAUACCAAACUUUUUGUAAUUGAAGGGAAAGGGUAUUUAAAUUAUUGAAAAACAUGUAUCAAUGUGACUAUGAGAGGAUAGACCUGGCCACUAAUCGGUCUCAGUUUCAAUGUUGAGUUAGAGAUGAUCAUGGAGCAGAUUUUGCAA